AGUAUGUUAGCGAAACAGUGUUAUUAUUAUAUAGAAAUAAUGGUUAAAUAAUGAAAUUAAAGGUUUAAAAUAAAGAUAUAAUUAAAAUAUACAAUAUUUAAAUAAAACAAUAAACAAAUUUUAAUAAUGAGGAAUAUUUACAACCUACUUUUUGUAAUAAUAGCAAUAUUUGCUCAAAUAUUUGUUUUAAAAGCAGAAAAUCCCUGUAUUAAUGAAGAUACUUGCAAGGGUUGUUUAAGUGCAGAUAUAUCAUGUGCUUGGUGCACGGAUAAGCUUUAUGAAUUUCGUUAUCGUUGCCUUAAUUAUUCACAAUUAGUGGAGCAUGGCUGUCAUACCGAUCACAUUUACGAAAAUGAACCGGAAUUCCAGACACUAACCAAUGCUGCUCUUAAGGAUUAUGAUUCGACCAAUAAUCGUGCAGUGCAGGUACAGCCUCAGAGAGUGUAUUUGAAAUUAGUUAAAUCCCAUCCCGAACGCAUUAAACUUUCAUAUCGUCCGGCACGCAACAACCCUCUAGAUCUCUACGUACUCAUGGAUCUCACAUGGACCAUGAGAGAUGAUCGUGAGACUCUGGUCAAACUGGGCUCUGAAUUAGCCACAACACUCAGUAAAUUAACUUCCAACUAUCGUUUGGGUUUUGGUAGUUUUGCCGAUAAACCGGAAAUGCCCAUGAUAAUGCCACAUCUAAAAGAUAAUCCCUGUGCCACCGAAAGACAAGUCUGUGAACCCACCUAUGGCUAUAAACAUCAUUUAUCGCUGACCGAAGAUGAAAAACUGUUUGUUACAUCUGUAAAUAGCAGUAAAGUUACCGGAAAUUUGGAUAAUUUAGAAGGUGGAUUUGAUGCGCUCAUGCAAGUGUUGGUGUGUCCGCGAGAGAUUGGUUGGAAAGAGGAGGCCCGUAAGGUAGUAAUUUUAGUGACUGAUGGCUUCAUGCACUUUGCUGGUGAUGGUCUAUUGGCAGGCAUAACGAAGCGUAAUGAUAAACAAUGCCACUUGAGUCCAGGAGGAGAAUAUUUGGGUUCCUUGGAAUAUGAUUAUCCAUCGUUGGAGGAAAUCUAUAGGGAAUUGUUGAAAAGGAAGAUAAGUGUAAUAUUUGCGGUAACAGAAGAAGUGGUUACCACUUACAGAGAUAUAAGUAAUCUAAUGAAGGAGAUCAGCAAUGUGGAGAUAUUGAGAGCAGAUUCAUCUAAUAUUUUGGAAUUGAUUAAGAAAAGUUACGAGAGUUUCAUUAAACGCACCCAGUUUACCGACAAUAGUCCCAAUUUUAUAAAAAUGGAAUAUGAAACCGAUUGUGGGGGCCAGUUCCCAACUUUAAGAAAGCGCAACUAUUGCAAUGAUGUGGCAUUGGGCAAGACUGUAGACUUUUAUAUAAAUGUUACUCUUACCGAUUUUCCCGACAAUGGAGUUUAUACCCAUAAAAUACGUGUGGAAGAAUCAGCCUUAAAUGAAUUAAUGGAAAUUGAGGUGGAAAUACAAAAGCCUUGUCCUUGUGUUGAAGAAGCAGAGCCCGAGGAUGAAUAUGCUAGAUUCCAGUGCAAUGAAAAUGGAUUUCUGCACUGCGGCAUGUGUCAAUGUGAUGCUGGAUGGACUGGCACCUUUUGUACUUGCCCCACCGAAGGCACCAAUGCCACCACAAACGAAGCCAUUGAAAAUCUUUGCCGACAACCAUUCGAUUUAGGAAAAUCAGAGGAUUUGGGACCCAUUUGCUCGAAUCGUGGUGAAUGUGAGUGUGGCACAUGUUUUUGUUUCCCCGGUUUUAAUGGCAAAUUCUGUGAGUGUCCUGAAUGCGAUAUCGAUUGUGAUCCCGAGAGAGCCGAUUGUAUGUGUGGUCAAUGUAUCUGCAAGUAUGGUUGGUCGGGCAAUCGCUGUAACUGUAAAGAGAGUACAGAUGGCUGUAUCGGGCCGACAGGAGAGAUUUGUUCGGGCCGAGGUUACUGUGAGUGCGGCGAGUGUUUGUGUGAUGAACCGUUUGUGGGUAAAUUUUGUGAAAUCGGCUCAGAAACUGAAAAUAAGCUUUGCUCCUUUUAUGAGCCUUGUGUGACAUGCCUGAUCGAAGAGAAAACCGAUAUGGGUAAAUGUGAGAAGACAACGGAAAUAUGUUCAAGUGCCCAACAAAAUGAACGAUUUACCACAUCUUUUGUAACAGAGGAAAUAGAUGCCGACAUUCGUUGCUUGGCCCGUGUAGAAAAUAAAUUUGGCAUUAAGUGUGAUCACUAUUUCACCUACCAGACCAUGGGCCAAUCCGAAAACUAUUUACUCAUACAGUUGAAUAGUUGUGAACCUGUUAAUUAUGUGGCUGUUAUGGGUUUUGUUUCCCUGGCCACUUUUAUUUUGGGACUACUCUUGAUUCUUAUCAUUUGGGCUUGUGUCCGAGCUAAGGAUGCUCGGGAAUAUGCCCGCUUUGAGGAGGAUCAACGUAACAGUUAUUUGAUGGAGAGUCCUAUUUAUAGAGAUCCUAUUGGCAGAUAUGUAGUGCCAAAAGAAAUUAAUCGUAAACAAAGCAAUCCAUUUUUAUAAAUAGUGUAAGAGAAAGAGAAUGACAAUAAAUUAUAAUUUUUUUUAUUUAGUUAAGGUAA